AGUACCGGUCGACACCACCAAAAGAUUUAGAAGCCGCUUUUGGAUUAGUUAAUUGUGAAUUACGAUUCAGGUCGGAUUUUGACAGCGAAAUCAACGCGGCGAUCUUUGGUACUAGUACCAGUAGUGCAGUCUAAGCGGUGCCGAGCUUGUGCGAGGAGCAGAGCAUCGUGUCUAUGGAGACCCAGCAGGAGCCCACCAAAGCGGGCGCGGUGGUGGCGUCGCCGGGGGUCGCCGGUGGCGGCGGCUUAGUUCUCGAGAAUGAACCCCCAGCGCCAACAACAGCGCAGCAAGGACCUCCGGGUUCAGCAACUGACAGAGACGCGGUGCUGGCCAAGGUGGAGAUGAAUCGGAAGCUGUCGAUGGUGAAGGCGUGGGAGGAGAACCAGAAGAGCAAGGCAGACAACAGGGCUGAGCACAAGAUGUCGUCCAUCCUAUCAUGGGAGAACACAAAGAAGGCGGCGGUCCAAGCCAAGCUCCGAACACGGGAGGAGAAGCUGGAGAGGAAGAAGGCGGAGUACGCGGAGAAGAUGCGGAACCGGGCCGCGAUGAUCCACAAGGAGGCUGAGGAGCAGCGGGCCGCCGUGGAGGCGAGGCGGCAGGAGGAGAUGAUCAAGUGCCAGGAGACGGCGGCCAAGCACCGGUCACAAGGGACCACGCCCGCCAAGAAGUUCCUCACCUGUUUCGGCUGAGCAACCACUGAAAUACAAUCAUAGUGAUCGAAAGUUGUGAAAUAGCUUAGCUACAAGAUGUGUUCUCUCUACUGCUCUUUGCUCUCUUCUUUUGGAACAUCGAUCAUAGGCUUGGGUCAUGCA